GCAUUUUUUGUACUAUCAUUUGUACUAUCAUGGGUAUUUGAAGAUAUUUUUGAAAUAUACAAUUAUUUACAAGGUUGUAGAGAACACUAUUGCAGACUUAUACUGAGGUUUUAAUUACAUUAUUUUAAUAUAGUCAGUCGUGAAUUAAAGUGGGCCGGUCUAAGGCAUGAAACUGCAGGGCUGAAAAUGAGCACAGCCUGAGCACACUAAACAAGUUUUUUGCCUUCAUGCGAACAAUUCGUCUGGGCUGAUGAUAGAAGGUAAUUCAUUCUUCAUAAUAUAAUUACGCUGCAACGGGCCGGCCCACAUUGUCCAGCGGCCCACCGGGGAAACUCCCGGUUCUCCCGAUGGCCAGUCCGCCCCUGGGGAUCGUGCAUUUUCAGUGGCAGCACCCUAGUUGCCUUUUUGCUUGAGAUCGGUCUUUUCUGUACAGGUUUUUAAGACAUCUCUUUUUAAAAUGGCUUAUGGGCUGGAGUAACUGCUGUAUACAGUUUUAUCUUGUGUGAAUUUAGUGUUGUGUACUACUUGUGAUUUGUUAUUUGUUUAAUUGCUUAUAGCUUAAUUCUAUUUUUCUGUGUAGCACUUUGGUCGGCUCUGUUGGUAUUAAAUGUGCUAUAUAAAUAAAUUAAACUGAAAUUGAAACGAAUGUUGAGGUUUUACAUGUGAAAUUUUUGCCCAAUCUUGCCUGUUAUAUGUCAGCUGCUCAACAGUCCGUGGUCAUCAUUGUCUGAUUCUCUUUUUCAUGAUGGGCCAUUCAUUUUCAAUAGCAGACAGAUCUGGACUGCAGUAGAGUGUCUAAGAAACCACUCUGAUGUAGCACGUGCAGAAUGAGGCCUGGCAUUGUCUUGCUUCCCAGGAAAGAUGUCAUCUUGAUGGCAGUAUAUGUCUCUGUACAAUCCCAAUAUACGUCUCCACGUCAGUGGUAUCUUCACACAUAUGCGAGUCACUCAUGCGGUUUGCACUGAUGCACUCCAUACCAUGACAGAUAUUUUCUUUUGCACCUGUCGCUGAUGAAAGUCUUGAGGCUGAGACCACAGCACACUACUGACCACAGCACACAUUUCCACUGUCUUUUGGAUUAUGGAUUUUGGCUCAGACCCAGAGAACUUGCCGACAUUUCUGUAUAGAAAUGAUGUAUAGAUUUGUCCUUGUGUAACAGAGAUUCAAGUUGCAUGUCUUGAGGCAGCGGCAGACUGUGUUGAGUGACAACGGUUUUCCAGGUACUCCAGAGCGCAUGUGGCCAUAUUUAACAGAGCAGCGUGACGGUUUCUCAUGCAGUGCCAUCUGAGGGGUCAAAGGUCAUGCACAUUCAACAUAAGUUGAUCUGCCUGGCUCUACACAAACUGUGUUUUCUCUGGAUUCCCUGAAUCUUUUCACAAUAUUAUGCAUGGUAGAUGGUGAAAGACCUAAAUACUUUGCAAUCUUGCAUUAAGAAUUGUGAUUUUUAUUUGUUUGACAAUUCCCUCAUGAAAUUUGGCACAAAGUGGUGAGCCAUGAAAAGGUUAUAUUCUAUAACCUUUUCGUUAUUAUUUUGCCUCCGUCCCAACUUUUUUGGAGUUUGUUGCAGCUAUCAAAAUCAAAAUUUGUUUAUAUUUACAAAAUACAAUUAAUUUCGUCAGUAAAAACAUUGGAAACUUUUCUUUGUACUUUUGUCUGUUAAAUAAAGGUUCAAGAGAAUUGACAAAUCACAUAUUCCUGAUUUUAUUGCAUUUUACAAAAUGUCCCAACUUUUCUGGAAAUGGGGUUGUUGUAGAAAUAGUAUAAAUAUUUUUUGUCAGAUUUUUGUCUAUUUAAAUCUGAUAUUUAUUCUGUUUAAUGUCUAUUUAAAUGUAUGUCUAUUUAAAUCUGACAAAUCAGUCUUUCCUUUAAUAAUUGCAUAUCCAUCCCUAUUGUUAUGGCUACAGGAACAUAAGAACCUUUUUGGAAUAUAUAAUCUGUUUACUUUUCUUUUAAGGGUUGGGUUGUACACCUCGAGUCAUUAGCUUGGUACAUUUCGUUACAUCAACUAAUACUAGUCAGAUUUUGUAUAAUGAAAACAUGUUUGCCUUUAAAAACGAAUGGUUUAAUGGGGUCAUUUCACUAUUUUCAGUUCCAUGAACAUGUUAUUUGUCCAGUACAAACCACAAAGAGUGCAAAUAGAUUUGACACCUAAGACUAUAAGAAAAAGCAAGCUUAUCAGAUUUUAUGCUUAUGUUUCACCUCGUUAUUAAUUGGUUUAAUGAUGUGGAAAUAAGUUGUUGUUCUGCUGUUAAUGUCAAUCACAUUGUAUAAAAGACCAGUGCAGAUUGCUGUAGGUGUGCACCAGUUUAAGACAUUAUAGGGAACAAAACCAGAAAAGGUAGGCCUAAAGACAUUUGAAUUCAACUAUUUGUUGUCAGUGGUGGUGGAUGCUUGAUAUCCAUUUUUCUCAUCUGUUUUGACGUAUUAAAUAAGGAAAUAUGAAGGCUGCAGUAUUUGCGCUGGUUUUGAUAUGCCUUGGCAGUUCGUUGUCAUGUGCAGAAUCCCGGCCUGUUGAUAGCAGCUCAAAUGACAUCCAGAAGUUUAGCCGUCGUUAUGCUGAAUCAACCAUUGCGAGUGACAUCAGCAAAAUUGUGGACUCGAUGGUUCAGAAAAACUUUGUAAACUAUCUGCUCAAUCAGAGAGAGAAGAAGAGCGAACCAACUAUGGCAGAUGAUUCAGACAACCACAUCUUCAAUGACCUGCUGAAAAAACAGUUCAUGAUGUGGGUUCAGAGUAAAGCCGAUGCAUUCAAGAAUCAAUGAAGCUGAACAGGAUGCACCUCUUAAAAGCGCCUUUGGAGAACAGACCGAAUUUGAAGGGCAAAUGAGUCUACUACCAGAAUCUUUCACAGCUGAAUAUCUUGUCAUGUAUCUCUAAAUGAAAACCUGUUAAUUAAAAUUGCUUUCAAAAUCAUCAAAUAUCAUUUGUGAU